GCAGCCAGGACAGAGAGGGGCAGAGCAAGUCCGUGUUGGCGCCCCUGCCUCAGACCCCUAUCAUCUUGGGGAACAGUAGCCCAGAGGUUCAGGAAGAUGUUAACUUAAAUGUUCAGGGUGCCCCAGUCUGUUCAGCAUGGCUGAAAUCCACACUCCGUAUGCUUCCUUGAAGAAACUGUUAUCUUUACUCAAUGGCUUCGUGGCUAUGUCUGGCAUCAUCCUCGUCGGCCUGGGCAUUGGUGGUAAAUGUGGAGGGGCCUCCCUGACAAGUGUCCUCGGGCUGUCCUCCGCAUAUCUCCUUCACGUUGGCAACCUGUGCCUGGUGAUGGGAUGCGUCACGGUACUGCUUAGCUGUGCCGGGUGGUAUGGAGUGACUAAAGAGAGCAGAGGCAUGCUCUUAUUUUGCAUCCUGUCAAUGGUUAUUGUCCUCAUCGUGGAAGUCACAGCUGCCACAGUGGUCCUUCUUUUCUUUCCAAUUGUUCGAGAUGUGGUCUUGGAGCACACCUUCGUGACCCUGAGGAACAAUUACAGAGGUUACAACGAGCCAGACGACUAUUCUACACAGUGGAACUUGGUCAUGGAGAAGCUAAAGUGCUGUGGGGUGAAUAACUACACAGAUUUUUCUGGCUCUUCCUUCGAAAUGACAACGGGCCACACCUACCCCAGGGGUUGCUGUAAAUCCAUCGGAACUGUGACCUGUGAUGGACGCAAUGUGUCUACAAACGUCAUCCACCAGAAGGGCUGUUUCCAUAAACUCCUCAAAAUCACCAAGACUCAGAGCUUCACCCUGAGUGGGGGCUCUCUGGGAGCUGCAGCGAUACAGAGGUGGGGGGUCUCACUAUGUUGUGCAGGCUGGUCUUGAACUGCUGGCCUGGAGCAAUCCUCCCGCCUAGGCCUCCCAAAGUGCUGGGUUUAUCAGCGUGAGCCACCACGCUGAGCUUCCUGCAUCCUUUUAAGGUUGCCUGAGGGUCUGCCUGAGAGGAGCUGUCCCUGAAUCUCCAGGCAGCCCCACCUGCCACAUCACUAAG